AUGCCAUUUGCACUCGAACUUGCCAAAGAAGAAGACUUUGCCGAGCUCAUCACGGCUCAGUGGGAAACGUUUGAGAGUCCCCCGCAAGGAAUUUCACACCUUUUCUUUCCCAUCGAAGAUGGUGGUUGGCAAAAGAGCCUACAGAGAAGUAUCUUGGACCAGCGCACGUCUUUUAUCAAGGAUCAGCCGACCGUCAAGUGGAUCAAGGUAAUGGAUGUAGGAAAGAAACCGAUUGCGGCCGCUGCCGAAUGGUACUUCUUCGACAAUGCCAGCUCCAUGGCCAAAUACCCACCGGUCGAGAUCAAUUGGUAUCCCAAAGGUCAAUAUGAGCAACCAGGGCAUAAGAUGGGCCAAGGGUCAUAUGCAUGUAAGUCUAUCCUACCUUCACAAUGGUUUCACGAGACCGGAGUAUCGAAGCAAGGCAUCGGUAGUAAGUGGAUGCAAUGGGGACUGGCAGAGGCGGACCGAUUGGGGUUGGAGACCAGACUGGAUGCUACUGAUUUGGGUGUCCCUCUGUAUGAAAGUCCGGUAAUGCCCGCGAGUCUGACGAGGAGUGGGAUGCGGGAAUGGAGACGCUGUGAAGAGGAAUUUCUACCCAUUCGCACCACUGUGAUGGUGCGCUUUCCAGGUGGAGUUCCCGCUGCAAGCAUGGAGGUUUAA